AUGGCUACCAUCGAAAGAAUUUACCAUGUUAAUGUGGUUGGACUCAUUGGUUUUUGCUUUGAGGGCUCUAAACAAGCUAUUGUUUACGAUUUCAUGCACAAUGGGUCUUUGGAAAAGCACAUUUUCUCACAAGGAGGACAAGAGACUUCUCUUGAUUGCAACGAAGUGUACAAGAUUGCUCUUGGAGUGGCUAGAGGGAUUGAGUAUCUUCAUCGGGGAUACGUCAUUCAAAUUCUGCACUUUGAUAUCAAGCCUCACAAUAUUCUUCUCGACAAGGAUUUUAACCCAAAAAUUUCUGACUUUGGGCUUGCCAAAUUGUAUCCCACGGACUACAACACCAUAUCCUUGACUGCUGCAAGAGGAACUUUAGGAUACAUGGCUCUAGAGCUGGUCUAUAGGAACCUCGGGGGCGUCUCUUACAAAGCCGAUGUCUACAGUUUCGGUAAAUUGCUGAUGGAAAUGGCUAGGGAAGGAACAAUAUGGAUGCAGAUGUAG